UCUGAAAAAAAAAUUGUAUCGUCGAUUGGUUUUUCAAAAAAAAAAAAAAGAAUCGUUGAUUACGCCCCUGGUCAAAAUUUACCGCGAGCAAGAGCAAUAAACAAGCAAAACAGCCGCCUGUCCAUGGCCGGCGGCGACCACAGCGAAAUCCUGACGCAGAAGGCCACAGCCCUCACCCGCCACCCCGCCCCUCUUCUCUCCCCUUCCCCGGUCUCCCCACACCGGCGACGAUGGCGGCGUGGCCCAACCCGGCCCUCCCGCUCCUCCUCGUCGCCGCGCUGCUCGCGUUCGAGGACUGGCUCUCCACGCCCUCCUGCUCCGGGGGCCCGCCCGCCGCCAGCGGCCCCGGGGACCUCAGGGCCAUGAUGGUGGCCGACCUGAUGCUCCUCGGGUCGGACGCCACCUACGCCGACCGGUUCUUCAGGGACCACGUCAUGUACAAGUUCUUCGAUAAUUCUAUUCAAACAUUGAAGCCGGAUAUGAUUGUAGUCCUUGGGGACAUUUCAGCAAAGGGUUCAGAGUUAACAGAGCGCAAAUGGAUAUCUGUUAUUGAGCAGUUUGAGGGGAUAUUGGGGCAUUACUCUGGUCUUCCUCUUCUCAUUGCAUUAGGUGAUAAGGACGUGGGCACAUGUGCCAAUUUGGAGGGAAAAUUUGUAAGCCGCAGGGCCAAGCAUUUGCCUGGAUUGGAUUCUGGUGGAUGUGGUGCUUUUGAGAUCAGCAAUGUAAGUUUUGUAUCAAUAAAUGCCGUGGCACUGCUCUGUGGCAAUAAUGAUUUGCGGUUUGGUGUUGAGAAGUUCAUGGAGAGGGAAAGCCAUCAUUUCCAAAGUCUAAAUGAAGCAGAAUGUUACCCUUUGGGAUGUGAAAAAAGAGAAGGUUCCACUGACACUAGUUGGAGGCAAAACAGCAUGGAAUCCGGGUCUGGUCCUGUAGUUUUGCUUCAUUUUCCAUUGCAUAAGUUUGACGCAGAAGUUACUGGUCUUACCACAUCUUCAGAGGAAAUUGUCUCAGAUCAUUCAUCAGUUUUCGCAAGCUCGAAACAAAGGGGGCUAUAUGAUCGUCUGCAUAUGCUUCCAGCUAAUUCAACUCAGUAUAUUCUUCAGGCACUUAAACCAAGGAUUAUAUUUAAUGCUCAUACUGGUAGCUUCUCAGACUUUCUCCAUGCUGAUGGGACACGUGAAGUAACAGUACCAGCUAUGACAUGGAAGGCAAGAGGGGUACCUGGUUUUGUCAUUGCUACAUUUGAUAUUAAAGGGGCUGUGACUUUGAGGUGUUGCUGGUUAGCCAAGGAAUGGCAUGUAAUUAUGGGAUACUUAGCAUUCUUGUGCCUGACAGCUCUUGCAGUUAGAUUGUCACAUUGAUUUAAAUGAGAGAUCGAAUCUUUUUUCAAGGCUUUUGCUUGGAGGACUUAAUGGCAACUUCUCCAACAUAAUCUGGCAAAAUGGCGAAUAGAUUGCUGCCAUCUUCCACGGAGACCCUGCAGUCUCGCAGACCAAGAGCAGUGGCUGCUUGCUGCAUCUGCAAUAGUAGCUAGGGAUGGGCUCUGCUGCAUGGGAGCAGAGCACCAUCCUGCCUCUGUGCCUCCUGAUGCUGUCAACUACAAGUCUACAAGCUUUCGAUGCCGUUGGGCCGUGGAUAUAUUUAACGCAGCUCCUGGAAAUGGCAGGAAAGUCGGCAACAGCAUGUCCAGCAUACCGAUACGGCUCGCCUAUGUCAGCGAUUGAAGGGUUCUAGGUUCUCCCAUGCAGUUCUUGUAUAUGCUUCAGAAGCUCUCUGCUCCUGUCUUCGAGUCUCUCAG